AUGGCUGACGCGCAAGCUCCUGCCAACGCCUCUCGGGGCAAUCGCAACCGUGGAAGAGGCCGCGGAGGAAGUGGUGGUGGAGGAGGAGGGGGAGGGGGCAAUGCUGGGUCUCGCGGCAGAGGACAGAGAGCCGGUCGUGGCAGAGGCGGUAACAACGCUGGUGCCGCGACUCAGCCCGAUGCUGCGAACACACAACAAGUUACACCGAAACCCGACACCAAGCCGGUUGCCCGCGCCGCGGCGGACGCCGACGAUACCGCAAGCACCGACGGCGAGGUGUGCUUCAUUUGCGCCGAGCCCAUCAAGUUCCACUCCAUUGCGCCCUGCAACCACAAGACAUGCCACAUCUGUGGUCUCCGAAUGAGAGCCCUGUAUAAGACGAAAGACUGUCCUCAUUGCAGAACGCCCUCCCCCUUCGUUAUCUUCACCGAGGAUGCGAACAAACGAUACGAAGAAUACUCUGACGCCGAUAUAACGAGCUUCGACAGUAAUAUCGGUAUCCGCUACGCAAAUGAAGAGAUCGUCGGCGACACCGUCGUGCUCCUCCGCUACAACUGCCCAGCAGACGACUGCGUGUUCGCCGGAUUGGGCUGGCCAGACUUACACCGACACGUCCGAUCGACCCACCAAAUGAAGAUGUGCGACCUAUGCACCCGCAAUAAGAAACUCUUCACCCACGAGCACGAGCUCUUCGCCGACAAGGAGCUUGAGAGACACAUGAGGCAUGGAGACGACAAGCCAGGUGCCAUCGACCAGACCGGAUUUAAGGGUCACCCGCUCUGUGGUUUCUGCGGCUCACGCUUCUAUGACGAUGACAAGCUCUUCGACCACUGCCGCGAAAAGCACGAGAGAUGUUUCAUUUGCGACCGAAGAGACUCCCGACACCCCCACUACUUUGUGAACUACAAUGCCUUGGAGAAGCACUUUGAGAAGGAUCAUUUCCCGUGUCUCGACAAGGAGUGCUUGGAGAAGAAGUUUGUCGUGUUCGAGUCGGAGAUGGAUUUGAAGGCACACCAGCUGGCGGAACACGCCAAUUCCCUAUCGAAAGACGUCCGCAGAGACGCCCGUGUUGUCAACAUGUCCGGCUUCGACUUCAGACCAUCAUAUGAAAACGAGAGAAGAGGUGGAGGUGGAGGAGGCGGCGGCGGCGGCGGUGGAUCAGGCAGCGGGCGGCAGGGACGUGGACGUGGUCGGGACCCUAAUGCGGAACCGAUCCCCCAGAGCUCUGCCCAACCUCUUCGCCGUGACGAGCUUGCUUUCCAGAGGCAGAUGGCAAUCCAUUCGGCACAGUCCGUCUCGAACCGAACCUUUGGCGGCCAGCUCUCCGCUCCCGCCGGCGCGUCACAGCCGACCUCAUCCCGCCAAGGCAAUGCAUCCGCGCCGUCGACUUCUCGCCAGGCACCGGCCCCGGUACUUCCCACCACCGCAAUGGAGCAGCUAAGUGUGACCGACGUCGCCUCAUUGCCUCCUCAAGAGCGAGCAAUGAUGCUGCGCCAUCAGUCGGUCAUUGAGCGCGCCGAGAACCUGCUCGGCAAGGAUGCGGCCAAGAUGAAUACAUUCCGCGAGAACAUCUCAUCCUUUAGAAAAGGAAAACUCUCGGCACCCCAGUUCGUCGAUGCCCUUUUCUCCCUCUUCGCCGACACCUCAUCAAACGCCCUCGGAACCCUCGUCCGCGAGGUCGCGGACCUGUUCGAGGACAAGAGCAAAGCCGAGGGCCUCCACAAGGCAUGGCAGGACUGGCGCGCAAUCAACGAGGACUACCCAUCCCUCCCGGGCCUCGGCGGCAUGCACGGCGCCACCACCUCGUCGAGCGGCUGGGCCAGCGCCGCGACCGCUUCUCCCGCGACGCCCUCGGCGGCACCAAGCCAGAAACAGUCCAACCGCGUACUGCGGCUCAAGAACAGCACCCGCGCAGGCGCCGCCGGCCCCAAGCCCGUAACACCAUCAGCAGCCUCGACCAACUGGGUAUCAUCCACGGCUUCUGCUCGCCCGCCAACAUCCAACGCCUUCCCAGCUCUCCCCGCCGCCUCGUCGUCCUCCUCCUCCUCCUCGGCAGCGGCUCCUCGGCCGUCCUGGAUCGGCCCCAACAACCCGUCAUCCAGCGGGAGCGGCAGAGCAUCCGGUCCCGCGCCGCGACAAGCCCGACCGGCCACGGGCGCCGACAACUUCCCCGCCCUCCCGCCCGCGCAGAAGCCGCUGACGACAAUCUUCGGCUACGGCAACGGCAGGGGUGUCCGCAGAGACCUCGGGGGCGCUUCGAGCAGCUUCAGCUGGGGUUCGGCCCCGGGAAGCGGCGCGGCGAGCGAGAACGCGUCGGAGAGGGAAGACGAAGACGCAGCCCCGUCCGGCGGCAAGAAGAAGAAGGGCAAGAAGGUCCUCGUCCAGUGGGGAUGA